AUUUCAGGAGCCAGCAUGAAUCCAACAAGAAGUCUUGCAGCGGCAAUCAUUCAAAAUAACUACGAUCGCCUUUGGAUUUAUUUUGCCGGCCCAAUUCUUGGAUCUGUCGUCGCCUGCUUCUUCUACGAACUGGUUAUUUGUCCUAAGGCUUCGCUGCGACGAACGCAGAACUACCUUUGUUCAAGCUCCUUCGAUCGAAAAGUUUCUUACGAAAGCAUUGAGCAGGAUACGAAUACCAUGAAGGCAUACCCACACUAUACGGAAUACUGGAAAAUGUGCCAAAUAUUUAUCGCUGAAGUUUGGGCUGCCGGAGUCUCCCACUUCCCCUCCUUUCUUUUUGACACAAGUGAACCCAAUCUCUCGAUAGUUGCAGGCGUUAUAGCUGGAGCUUCAUACUACGUAGCACUUUGGUACAGUUUUCCAGUCAGUGGGGCCCAAGUAAGCCCUACGUUUACACUCGCCGCUCUAAUAACUCGGCGUCUACCUUUCUACUUGGUUCCUCUAUAUGUCAUAGCUGAUUUCCUUGGCACUUUGCUUGCAAUAUCGAUAUCAUGGUCUGUAUCGCCGUUUGCCGAUCAAGCUCCUGGAACCUAUGGGAUGACUCUACCAGGGAAAGGUGUCAGUAAUGUGGCAGCGACUUUUACAGAAGCAGGCUCAACAUUUAUUCUCAUAUCGGUGGGCUUGGCCUCAUUGGAUGAAAUGAGAGAUCGAGAAUGGCGACCGGAAUAUGGUGCUCCAUUUCCACUGGCAAUUAUGGUUACGAUCAUUGUUAAUGUUGCGACUACGAUACACAUUUCAGGAGCCAGCAUGAAUCCAGCAAGAAGCCUUGCUGCGGCAAUCAUUCAAAAUAACUACGACCGUCUCUGGAUGGGUUUUUUUGCAAAUUUAGAGAAAUCAAAUAUCAUGAAAUCAUACCCACACUAUGUGGAAUGCUGGAAAAUUUGCCAAAUAUUUUUUGCUGAGGCAUUGGCUGCUAGCAUUGCAAAUUACUGCUGCUUUUUGAUGGACAUGAGCGAACCCAAUGUACCAAUAGUUGCAGGAUUUAUUGCUGGAGCUUCAUUCUACAUAGCAAUUUGGUGUAGUUUUCCAGUCAGUGGUGCGCACAUAAACCCGAUUUUAACACUCGCUACUCUAAUAACUCGACGUCUUCCGCCCUACUUGGCUCCUGUAUAUCUCGUCGCUGAUUUCCUUGGCACAUUGUUAGCAAUGGUGAUAGCAUCAUCUGUAACGCCAUUUGCCGAUCAGAAAUCAAGAACGUAUGGAAUGACUCUACCAGGGAAAGGAUUUAGCGAUUUGGCAGCGACUAUUACAGAAGCAUGGAUAACUUUUGUUCUCGUAACGGUGGUUUUGGCCUCGUUGGAUGAAUUGAGAGCCCGAGAAUGGCGACCGGAAUAUGGUGCUCCAUUUCCACUGGCGAUAUUGCUUACAGUCGUGAUUAAUGUGGUGACCACGGCACACAUUUCAGGAACCAGCAUGAAUCCAGCAAGAAGUCUUGCAGCGGCAAUCAUCCAAAAUAACUACGACCGUCUUUGGAUUUAUUUUGUCGGCCCAAUUUUUGGAACUAUCGUCGCCUGCUUCUUCUACGAACUGGUUAUUUGUCCUAAGGCUUCGCUGCAACGAACACACCGCUUUCUAUGCUCAAAGUCCUUCGAUCGAAAAAAUCCCUACGAUUAG